UUGAUAGGUACUUGUAGUUUAUUUCUUGAAUUAAAGAUAAACUCCAACUGAUUUUCUUUCUUUUCCUACCACACAAAAGUCAAAAAACAAAAAACUAAAAAUACCCCAGCAAGGAAAGAAACAAAAAAGAACACUUGAAGCAUACCUUACUAUAAGACAGACAGCUAAGUUAGUUACUUUUUGGAGUUUCCAAAUUUCUGAUCAACAAAAAUAUUUACACACAAAUUUGUGGUCAUCUCUUUUUUGCUGCCAACUUUUCAACUUACAUGCUUCUUGUAACUUAACCAACCACACAUACUUUCAAUCAAUUUCUUCUUUAAUCCCAAAUUCCUUCUUCAAUCUUCACUUUCUCAUCUUCUUGAAUUAAGCAAUUUCUUAGAAAAUGGAGGGAAUUUGUACUAGUUGUUUGUACGCUUCAAUAACACCAUUAAGAAUUGAGUACAAAAGUAGAAGGAAAUUGGUGAAUACAAUUCAGAGAACUCGGUAUUUGUCUACGAGAAUUUGUGCAGUUAGUACUGUACAAACACCUUCGUCGGAGAAAACUGAAACUGCUUUGUUAGUGAAGGAGAUUUCUAGAACUAGCGCGUUGGAGCAACUCGAUAUUGAACGUGGCGUUUGCAUUCCAUUCAGAAAAUACUCCCCGGAAUCUGUGAGAAACAAGGUCUUGGAGUCGAGGGGACAGAUUUUUUCUUUGGUUGGUAGAGGAAUAGAGAUUGUGUGGAGUUUGGGGCUUUACUGGACAACACUGUUGUAUGAUUAUUUGGUGGGCCGUGACGAAGAAGUUGUUCCUUUCCGUGCUCGACAACUGAGGAAGCUGUUGUGUGAUUUGGGACCGUCUUUCAUCAAAGCAGGACAGGUGCUUGCAAACAGGCCUGAUAUCAUCAGAGAAGAUUACAUGAAUGAACUUUGCAUUCUUCAAGAUGACGUUCCUGCGUUUCCAAAUCAGGUUGCUUUUAACAUCAUAGAAGAGGAAUUGGGCCAGCCUCUUGAAGCUGUUUUCAGCAAAAUUUCAUCACAAACCAUUGCAGCUGCAAGUUUGGGUCAAGUAUACCGAGCUACUUUACGUGCUACAGGGGAAGAAGUUGCCAUAAAGGUGCUAAGACCUCAAAUAGAGCCUAUCAUCUACAGAGAUCUUUUUCUCUUCCGCACUCUGGCUUCAUUCUUGAAUGGUAUCAGUCUACAGAAACUGGGGUGUAAUGCUGAACUUAUAGUUGAUGAAUUUGGCGAGAAGCUAUUGGAAGAGUUGGAUUAUACUUUGGAAGCUCGUAAUAUCGAAGACUUCUUGGAAAAUUUCAAAGAUGACCCUACUGUUAAAAUACCUCGGGUUUACAGACAGCUUUCUGGUUCACGUGUUUUAGUGAUGGAGUGGAUUGAUGGAAUUCGGUGCACUGACCCUCAGGCAAUCAGAAAUGAAGGAAUUGAUAUAGAUGGAUUUUUGACUGUUGGAGUUAGUGCAGCCUUGCGGCAGCUACUCGAAUUUGGCCUAUUCCACGGGGACCCUCACCCUGGGAAUAUCUUUGCAAUGCGUGAUGGACGCAUUGCCUAUGUGGACUUUGGCAAUGUUGCUGUGCUGAGUCAGCAAAAUAAACAAAUUCUAAUUGAUGCUGUUGUCCAUGCGGUGAAUGAGGACUAUGCUGAGAUGGCAAAUGAUUUUACCAGGCUGGGAUUCCUAGCUAGUGGAACUGAUGUUGCCCCCAUUGUUCCAGCAUUAGAAGCAAUAUGGCAGAACUCUCUUGAAAAAGGACUUGCUGACUUUAAUUUCAGAAGUGUUACAGGAAAAUUCAAUCAACUAGUUUACAACUAUCCUAUUCGAAUACCAGAAAGGUUUUCUCUUGUCAUUCGUUCUCUAUUGACUCAAGAAGGCAUUUGUUUGUCCCUGGAGCCAGGUUUCAAGUUUCUAGAGGUGGCAUAUCCUUAUGUGGCAAAGCGUCUCCUAACAGACCCUAACCCAGCUUUACGGGAACGCCUUAUACAGGUUCUGUUCAAGGAUGGUCUCUUCCAGUGGAAAAGACUGGAGAACCUAAUAUCUCUAGCAAAGGAAAAUGUCACAAAACUGAGCAAAAAUCCUGCAUUCCAAGGGAACAAUAGAGGAACAAGCAAACAUUUGAAGAAUCAACAGAAAUUGGACCUCACUGACACAAUCAAGGAUGGAGCUCGACUUUUCAUAAUUGAUGAAGGAAUUCGCAGGCAGCUUCUUCUUGCUUUGACCGAAGACUCCAAGCUUCACAUUCAAGAAGUAGUUGAUGUAUAUAGAUUGCUUGAAGACCAGAUAGAUGUACCUUCAAUGGCUUUGGAAGUAGCACAAGACUUACCAUCCGUUGCUCGAGAUAUAUUGCUUUCAUGGAGUUCCUCUGUAUUAUCAGACAGAUCAGACAGAUAAUUCCCCUCUCGUGCAUCCUCGACCAAUGAUAUUUCAAUUUGUUAUCAUGAUGUAAAGUUUGAGCUCUCCCUCUCCCCUCUUUUCCCCUCCCUUCUUUCCCUUUAUUUCUUCUGCUCUUGAUCGCAUUUUUCCCAUUGUAAAGUUUUGGGUAAAUAUACUUGUAUAGUAUAGGGGAAGCAGUAAAGAGAUGAAAGUCGUGUAAAUGAGAAAUUCAUGUCGACAACACAUUUUUCACGGACGCAACAAACCUAUCAAAAAGAUAGCAUCAUGUAUAGCAGUGAUUAUUGUACA